GAUACCGUGGACUAGAGCUCGUAUGAUUAACAGAUGAAUUGUGUCAAGCCACAACCGACGUUAUCUGUAAGAGAUGAAAGACGAACAUUGUCUUUUACAUUGUGAAUAUAUGCGAAGAGCCAUAAUUGUCGAGGUCACAUGGUAUUAACCAAUAACGCAAUGUACAUUUCAAAACGGAUAGAGAUGUUUCUUGUAGCAUGAUAAUUCCGGCAGCUUGGACUGCCCUUGGAGUCCGGGAUCUAUUGAAAGCUGUCAUGUCUCUAUAACAACUACUCACGCGGAAGUUUGGAAUAUGAUUUACAUUGUGGCACGGGACCCCCCUGUGGCAAAGCUCAUCGGGUUUAACAACUGUGGCUGAAUAUUCUCACAGUUGGUUGACAUGUUGCCAAUAGGACAGAACAGGCACUGUUGUGUAGUUCCAAAUGGUAUAAAAUGCGCUACAGAUCCAACAGUUAAACAACUACAUCCAUGAAUAUAAUUCACUUAGUCAGGAAAUGUUGUUACCUUUGUCUAUCCUACUGGCACCAGUACUAGCUGAUACUCUCUUCAAGUCCCGCCCGGAUUUAACCAUCCCAGUAUGGAACAUCUCCUCAAACUACAAGGACCAAUUCGAAAACGUCUAUGAUGGUUAUGUCUUCGUGACCCCAUAUUCGGCAGAUACUCCAAAGAUUGAGGAAUCCGUGGAACAACCAGGUGCCUACAUUUACACCCCAUCUGGUGAACUCGUGUGGUCCAGUUUCUCAUAUUUUGGUGGUGUUUCUCUUAAUUUCCAAGCUGCUAGGAUUGGAGGUGAAGACGUCCUGUACGGUUGGGAAGGACAGUUCAGUGCACGAGGUGGUCAUGGGUUUGGUCACAUCAAGAUUUUGAACAACCAUUACGAGCCAGUGAGAGAGAUCAAAGGUGGUGAUCAUAAGCUCAUUGAUAUCCACGAAUUCCAUCUUGCAGAAAAUGGCAAAACUGGUUUGAUUGAGAGUUAUAGCCCUGUCCAAUAUGACUUGUCGGACUUUGAUGAAGAUGGGAAUUCCAAGAGAUCAUGGAUCGUCAAUGCUGUUGUCCAAGAACUCGACAUUGAAACCAAUGAACUGAUCUUCGAGUGGAAAUCUUUGGAUCAUGUUUCUCCAGAUCAUUCAGUCUUGAAUUUGACAAGCGAACUCGCAGGUGAUGGUUACACUUCUGGUUCUGCCUGGGAUUAUUUCCACAUCAACUCUGUGGAUAAAAACGCUGACGGUGACUAUCUUGUGAGCUCGAGACAUACAUCUACCAUCUACAAAAUCAGCGGUGAAACUGGUGAGAUCCUGUGGAGACUCUCCACAAGUGGUGACUCUGACUUGAAAAUUGUCGGGAAAAAGUUCACACUGGGUUACCAGCAUCAUGCCAGAUUCAUCAAGAGAGUUGAUGACGAUGUUGAAAUCUUUUCGUUCUUUGACAAUAACGCAUACAGCAAGGGUCACUCCGAGCCUGAAUCCGCAAACCCAGACCAACUUUCCAGUGGUAAGAUCCUCAAAGUGAACAACAAGGAGAAGACUGUUGAGUUGUUGCAACAGUUUGACCCUCCAAAAGAUCAUCCAAUCUCUGCAAAGUCUCAAGGUUCUUUCCAAUUCCUUCCAAACGGCAACAAAUUCAUUAACUGGGGUUCUGCGGGGACGAUAACCGAGUAUAACUCCGAAGGAGAAGUGCUGUUCAGUGCCAAAUUGGAUUCAUUUGAGAGGGGCCCAUACGUUCAAAGCUACAGAGCUUUCAAGUACCAAUGGACCGGCUAUUCCACAGAGGACAUUGCUAUUGUUCAAGAGGAUGACACUGUAUACAUUAGUUGGAAUGGUGACACGAUCACAGAGACCUGGGAACUGGUUGAUCCGGAGACCAAGAGAGUAAUUGCAACCAGCGCGAAGACAGGCUUUGAAACCAGCCUGAAGCUGAACCACCACCAAGGUGGAUUUAUCGUCAGAGCUCUAGACAAGAACGGUGGUGUCUACAAGGAAUCAAACUAUGGUGUUUCUGAAAAGUCGUCUAGCAUUCUCAACUGGCUGGCUUGGAAGCAGCUAUUCUUGAGUGCGUCUCAGCUGUUCUAACUAGCUGGAGUGAUCAUUCCAGCGUACAUUGCUCGUAUAUUAUCUUCAACAAAUGGCUUCUAUUAACCAAUAGACAACACCACGUAGCAAAUUCACACCCAUGCAGCUGCUAUGCAAUGCUUAUUUGUCAUACCUUUUCAACGUUGUUGUUUGGCCCAAGACUUUAGACAUGAGCUUAAUUCUAGAGCAAAAAAAAAAAAA